AUAGCUUCUAAAUUCUCCGGCUCUCCUCCAUCCAAAGUCUCCUCUUUUCGCCUCCCAAGACUCUUGGAAACAGCUCAAUUGUUCUCAGUGGACCAUUGCAACUCCUGGCUUAUUUACUGUACUUAUUAUCCCGGGUACCACCACUCAUUCUCUGACUCGAAUCUCCAUAUUCGCUCCAACUCUUUCCUGAUCUGCCACUGCCAAUACCUCAAGUCAGACAUAUUCAUCAGCAAAAUCACCAAAUAUGGACCACGGAGCUAUGGGCGGCGACGGCGCGGCCUGCAAGGUCGAGAUGCUGUGGAAUUGGAACACAAUUGAUGCCUGCUUCCUUGCCUCAUCUUGGCAAAUCAAGAACCAAGGCAUGAUGGCCGCUACUUGCAUCGGUGUUAUCCUUUUGGUAAUUCUCGUCGAGUUCUUCCGUCGUCUAGGAAAGGAAUAUGAUGCCCUCCUUCAGCGAGGCUUCCAGCGCCAAGCGUCGACUCACAGCGUUGCUCUCGCCGCUGCCGGAUGCACGGGAGCGGUUGUGCCCACGCGACAGACUCUGACCUACCGAGCAUCACCUCUCCAGCAGUUUAUCCGCGCCUUUAUCCACGCUGCUACGUUCGCAGGAGCUUACAUUGUGAUGCUUUUGGCCAUGUACUUUAACGGCUACGUGAUCAUCAGCAUCUUUAUCGGUGCCGGCUUGGGCAAGUUCUUUUGCGACUGGCUCGUCGUGAGGAUCGAUUUGGAGGGUUUGGAAGGUCCCGAGGACAAGUCAAAGGGAAUUGAAGAGACAACGGUGUGCUGCGGUUAGGAAUGGAUGAGUAGGUGGAUUGUUUGAUUUGGCUGUUGAAAUACACAUGUCUUUUGCAUGAUGAGUUGAUAUUUAGCGAUACCCGGCAGAAGCACUUUAGAGU